AUGAGCACUGCCAAGAGCCUGUCGUGGCCGGAGGUGCAGGAGAUCUGCAGCCAAUUAGAAGGCAUGUUCCACGACGACGCACUCAAAGACGCCCAGCGGCUACGGGCGCUCCUCCAACACCGCAAGGACAUUGCCAGCGCGUUCCACGACCGCCAGCGCUCAGCUCAGAAGCUGCUCGCUCAUCUGCGUGCCAAUCUGAGCGAGUGGGAGCAGAAAGAAGAGGUGGCCAAGAAGCGCAAUGAGCAGCUGCACGAGCGUCUGCUGCAGCUGGACACGACGAAGCGCGAGGUGACUGUGCAGCUGGACCGCUUCCGACUGAACGAACAAUAUCCUUUUCAUCAGUCGCUGGAUGUGCUGAUGAACAGGUAUGAAGAAGCGAAACAAGAGCUCCUGCAGUAUUAUGCUGAUCAUCAAAACGACAUUCCAGUGGCAAAAAACCAAAUGGGUCUUUAUGCCGCGGUCACAGGAAUUCGAUGGGACUUUAGUGACCUGCAGAUUGCAGGAGAUAUCCACGUACCUGCGAAGAAGCAACUCGUCCGAUUCCACAUCGACUCUGCAACCGACCAUUUCGCCGCUGCGAACUUGCUGUGGGACAAGAUUGAUGAGGCGUUUGAUGACAUCGACAGCGAACGUUAG